AUGAAGUCCAUCUUCGUCCUCGCCGCUACCUUUGCCACCUUUGGCCUUGUCCAAGCCCAAUUCAGCAGCCUCCCCGAGUGCGCAAUUGUCUGCACGGACGACGCCGCCGUCGCUGUCGGAUGCUCCGCCGGUGACGAGAGCUGCGCCUGCGCAACCGACACCUUCUUGAACGACGCCAUCAACUGCGUCUACUCGGACUGCCCGAUGCCAGAUCGUCAAGGUUCCCAGAUCACCCUCAGGAACACCUGCGCUAACGCUCCUCCCCCGGCCGCGUCGCCCUCCGCCAGCGGCUCCUCGAGUGCAGGCAGCGCCCCUACGAGUUCCUCUUCCUCCGGUGAUUCCUCGGCCUCUGACACCCCCUCCACUACCCCCACAGAAGAAUCCGCGGAUACCCCCGACGACGCCUCGCCCACCCCCGCUCCGGCACCCCCUGGCGGCACCCAGACCUCCCCCGGCGCCGCCCUCCAAGGUGAUGACGACGACUCGACCUCCACCCGCAUGACCCGCAGCUUCUCCUCGGCUAGCCGCGCCAGCACGACUGUCGUGGUCCAGACUAUUGGUGCGGGCGAGGACGAGACUGGGUUGUUGGGUGCUGCGGGCGCUGUUGGCGUUAGCAAAGUCGGAUACUUUGCGGCUGUUGUUGCUGGUGUUGUCGGUGCUGGAUUCCUCAUCUAA